AAAAAGACUGCCUUCUAGAUUCGACAAAUGAAUUGACAGCUUAGAUUGACAUUACACAAGAAAAAAAAAUGUUAAGAUAAACAAAUAUGGCGGGUGAUCCAGAUGAUUUGGAACAAAAUAUUGAAAAUUUAAAAACAUCUGUCAGAAAGUCAUUUGCUCGUAUUUACGCGAGUUUGAAGGCGAGGGAGCUGAAAACAUUACGACAACUCGAUGCUAUUCACAAACAAUGCCAAGACAACAAAGAAUUGGAAAAAAAUUGUGUUCAGAACAUUAAUAUAAGUUAUAGUGACGAAUCCACAUUGUUAGAUAUCGUAAGUAAUUUUGGUGUAAUUGAUUUCGAGAGACUUAGUUUUGAUAACAGUACUUUUAUAUUAGAGGACUAUAUUAGUCCUAAUGACGAUCAUAUGUAUUCGUAUAAAACUAUAGAAGAAAUUACUGAGAAUGAGGAUAUCGAAGCUAUUGAAGAGGCUGCACUAGAGCAAAUAACCAAAACUGAAGAUUGUGUGUGUAUUGUCAAUGUGAAGACUGAGGCGAUCUCCAAGAAGUUUCGGGAUAUCAAUGCAGAUUUAAAUGCACAGAAAGUUAACGUUAAUAAUGAAGUUCACGAAUGCAAGGAUAUUGAGACUGUAGAUAAUAAUUUAGAAACUUUUACUGAAGAUGGAAACCUUCAUGAUUCUGAUCCGGAAGUGAUAAAAAUCAAUCCUACAGAUGACUGGUUAAAUUCAAUAAAAAACCAAACUGAAACUGAGCCAACACAAGUGACUGAUGUUAUGGAACACAGUACUAUCGCUUGCUCUUAACACAGAAAGCAAGCAUUAGAGCCAAUAGAUUUAAAAAUGCAUUUAAUAAAGAUUUUAUAUUUUAUGUAACAUUUGUUAAACUUUUUUAAUUUUAUAUAAAAAUGAGGGUAGGUAAUAAAAGACAUAAUAAUUAAAGCAUCAA